AUGGGGGCCGCUGACAGCGGCAGCGCUUCUUCCUCCUCUGGCGCCGAGGCUGAGCGCCUGCCCGUGCCGUCUAAAAACCCUUUGCCUCUGUCUGCCUCACAGGAGGCACAGGUCAGGGAGUUGUACUAUGCGAGGGUGAGGAGGAAGUGUAAGGAUGAGAUUAAGGCUUUCGCCGACUGCGCCCGAGGCCGGACCUUCUCCGUGGCCUGGGCCUGCCGCAACCUGCACAUGGCGAUGAACAACUGCAUGAAGGCGCACGCGACGCCCGAGGAGCAGGACGCUGCGCGCGAAGAAUGGUUUGCGACGAGGCUGCAACGACUCAAAGAGCGGGAGCGGAAAGCCAAGCGUGCGGCCGAGCAGGAAGCCUUCUUCCGCGAGUGGUGGGGCUUGCCCCAGAAGGAGAGGGAGGAGAUCGAAAAGAAGCUGGAGAAGUUCAAGCACGUGGAAGAGAGGGUUGCGGUGGUGAGAAAGAAGACUCCAGGAGAGGAGCGGAGGUGA